AUGCUUGUCAACCGUAAUACUCCUCACCCAUGCCCAGCAUCAUGUGGCAGAUCUUUUUCCGACACCCGUGCCCUCAAUACGCACCUUGGCUCUGCAAGAAGCUGUGCUUGGUACCGCAAGGGUAAAUUGAGAGAGAUCCUAACCCAGCAGGAUGGCGACUUGGAGAGGCAAGGAUUGCUGGUGGAAGAAAAUUUAGAUAACCCCUAUGGCCCUCCACAUCCAUUCCAGGAGGAAUCCAUCGGAGAUGCCGUGGAAGAUAUUGAAGAAGAUCUAUUUGUAUUCAGCCCACUCAAGCAACCUGAACAGGAGGAUCUGGAGCCAGGGGAGGCAGCGGAAAUUCUCCACCCUACAGCAGGUCAGAUAAUAUGUAUGGACCAUACCUUGCAUGAGAGAUGGAGAAAGGAUUUUGAAGGUGCAAGAGGGGCUGUAGACGAUUAUGGGGAUGUGGAUAUGGAUAAUAAUUUCCCAGUUGCCUCUGGACCACAGGAUACUAGGUUCUUUCCAUUUGCAUCAGAAACAGACUGGCGAGUUGCCUGUUGGGCGAUCCAGGAUGUAAUAGGUUACAAAUCAUUUGACCGUUUGUUAACUAUUCCAGGGGUCAAAGAGAGACUUGGAUUGUCCUAUCACAACAUUAGAGGGCUACACAAGAUAGUUGACUCUGGUAUUCCAUCCAGAGCUGAUUGGAUGUCAAAAACCAUUGCAUUCCCAGAUGCCCCUGAUGACAAACAUCUAAUUCAUUACCGUGACAUCCUUUCUGCCAUUCGUAGCCUCCUUGGCAACCCAGCCCAUGCAAAACACAUUGUCUACAAACUUAAGAAGAUAUUUAGUAAUGCACAGAAAGAAAAUAGAAUUUACAAUGAAAUGUGGACUGGAAAGUGGUGGCAUGCAAUCCAGGCACGUCUACCUAAGUGA